CCACGCAAAUGUGGUAUUGCGAAUUUGACAUGGCUCAACAGUGAGUUUAAAAUAAUGGGUGGUAGUAAUGUGGCACCUGGAGAAAUACCUUGGGCUGUGGCAAUAUUUAGAGACCGUUCUUAUUACUGUACAGGAACUCUGAUAUCAACAAAGCAUUUAGUCACAGCAGCACACUGUUUCGCUACUGGAUUAAUAAGAAGGCCAUGCGAUACAUCUUUUGGUAUUUAUCAAAAAGAAGCUAUUGAAAGGUAUACUGUUUUGUAUGGCAGCAACUGUAUCUAUCAAAACAGCGAAUAUUUGUGUGAAGAUGCACCAGACAUGAAAAUGAUGCAAAUUGUGAGAGCACAAUAUGGGCGAUUUUUCCAUGGUAAAUGUAAAACAGCAGAUUUUGCAUUAUUAGAAUUAGAAGACACUAUAGAGGAUGACCCUAUGGUUAAUUAUAUCUGUCUUCCACACCGAAAUAUUAUUAACAAAAUUAAACAAACGCAUUUGAUUGGCUAUGGUUGGGGUAACACUCGAGAUGUGUAUGGGCAGAAAACAAUGAAUAACUUACAAAUGAUUGAAUUUGCAAGUUUAUUAAACCCAAUUGAAUGUUCAAAUAGUUAUAAUGACAUGCCAGAAGAUGUAAUUUGCACUGAAGAAACAAAAACAAAAAGCACAUGUCAGGGAGAUAGUGGUGGGGGCUUGGCAGUGUCUGCGCCUAAUGGACAGUGGUCACUGCUCGGGGUAUUGUCAUUCGGGUCAGAAUGUAAACGCUUACAACGUGGCAUUCCACCAAAUGUUCAAGCCUAUACUGAUCUUUCUCUUUAUAGUAUGGAUAUUGACAUGUUUACCGGUUAUCAUGAUAUUAUCAAAAGUUUUCAUUCACUUUAUAUUUACACUGGUAAUCUGUCUCAACAAUAA